UUUUCUCUCCACUGAUCUUUACUCUUAUCUCUGUUUCUUUCUAGCAGCUGCUAAUUCUAUCUCGUUCUGUAUUUAAUCGUGCGCUAGAGUUGUAGACAUGCGUGUGAGAAUGAGAUCGUCAAAGCGUUCUCCCCGCGCAAGAAGAAAGGUUUUGGUCACGAGAGGAAGGAAUAUCCGAAGGCAGAGUCUCUCUUUAGCUAAUGAAAGUGGCGCUGCUGCUGCUGCUGAGUCUGUAAGAACAUCCAUAGAAAGGAAGCUUCGGCAGCUUCAAAGGAUGCUUCCAGCUGGUUGUGCUGAGAUUAACAUGGAAACCUUGUUUCAAAGGACAGCCGAGCAUAUCUUUCUUCUUGAAGCAAAAGUGAGGUCGCUGCAGAAUUUAUCUACUUUCUGUGGAAUCUAGAAAUCUUGGAUUUCGCAAAUUGUAAGGGGGUUUACUCUGA